AUGGCUCCAGCACUUUGCGCCAUCUGCAAAACCGAGCGAGCAAACAUCAAGCGCCCAAAGAACCACGCCAGAGUCUGCAAGGGCUGCUUUCUCACACUAUUCGAGGAGGAAGUUCAUCACACCAUCAUAUCAUCAAAGCUUUUCUACCCAGGCGAGAGGGUAGCUAUCGGCGCAUCAGGCGGCAAGGACUCGACUGUGCUCGCUUCCGUUCUCAAGACUCUCAACGAACGAUACAACUACGGACUCGAACUUGUUCUGCUCAGUAUCGAUGAAGGCAUCAAGGGUUACCGGGACGACUCCCUGGAGACGGUCAAGCGAAACGCCGUGCAGUACGACAUGCCGCUGAAGAUCGUAGGGUACGAUGAGCUCUACGGGUGGACCAUGGACCAGGUCGUCGAGACCAUCGGCAAGAAGGGCAACUGCACAUACUGCGGUGUUUUCCGACGACAGGCGCUCGAUCGCGGAGCCAAGAUGCUCGACAUCAAGCACGUGGUGACGGGACAUAAUGCCGAUGAUGUGGCCGAGACGAUCCUCAUGAACCUGCUCCGUGGAGAUAUGGGACGCCUGGCGCGGAGUACGAACAUUGUGACUGGAGACGACAGUUCCGAUGUCAAGAGGAGCAAGCCGCUCAAGUAUGCUUACGAAAAGGAGAUUGUCAUGUAUGCGCAUCACAAGAAGUUGGACUACUUCAGCACAGAGUGCAUUUACAGCCCGGAGGCGUUUCGUGGCAGCGCAAGAGCUCUGAUCAAGCAGCUGGAGAGGAUACGACCGAGCGCCAUUCUGGAUAUUCUCCGUAGCGGCGAGGACAUGGCGAGACUAGUACCGGGAGAGUCGGCUUCAUCUUGUGGUUGCAAGGGCAAGUCCAAGACACCCGCGGCAACUGCUGCAGAGGAUGAUGGUGGCAUUGGCGGCUGUGGUUCAAACGGAGCUGCCUCUGGCAAUGAGAUGGCCGCCAUGGAGAAGCAGCUGAGAGAGAACGAGGCUGCCGAAGGGCUCGAGGUUGAUGUCUCAAAGCUCUCCCUGGCCGGCAAGGCAGCGGAAUCAGAGACAGAUGGUGCAGUGCCCUUGAAGACGAACAAGAACUCCAAGCCAGUAACACGACAGACAUUGGGUAACUGCAAGCGCUGCGGUUACAUGUCUAGUCAGGAGGUUUGUCAGGCGUGCAUGCUAUUGGAGGGUCUCAACAAGAAUAGAGCACAGAUUCAGAUCUGA